AUGGCGUCCAACUCGGGCCGACGGCUCAACAUUGACAACAUUAACCAGCACAUCGUGUCGGCCAAGUACGCUGUGCGUGGUGAGCUGGCCGUCAAGUCGGAGGAGUACCGCGCGGCCCUGCAUAACGGAGCGACCGAUCUCCCCUUCAAGCAGGUCAUCUCGGCCAACAUCGGCAACCCGCAGCAGCUCGACCAAAAGCCCAUCACCUUCUUCCGCCAAGUCCUCAGCAUCCUCGAGAACCCGACCCUGCUCGAGAAGAGCGAUGUGUUGGUGAAUCACCUAGGCUAUAAGCCCGAUGUGCUUGAGCGUGCCAAGAAGCUGCUUGCCGCGGUUGGCUCUGUGGGUGCCUACAGUGCUAGCAACGGCGCUCCCGCCAUCCGUCAAAGCAUCGCCGACUUCCUCGAGAGGCGUGAUGGCUUCCCUGCCAACCAGGCUGACAUCUACCUCUCGGCUGGUGCUUCCUCGGGUGUCAACACCCUCUUGCAUGUCAUCUGUGCCAAUGAGAAGUCCGGCAUCCUCGUCCCCAUCCCCCAGUAUCCCCUGUACACCGCCUCCCUCUCGGUCCUGAACGCCGCCUGCGUGCCGUACCUCCUGGACGAGCAAAAGAACUGGGGCACCGACCUGGCCACCAUCAAGGCCGCCCACGAGAAGGCCGAGGCCGAAGGCAUCGACGUGCGUGCCAUCGUCAUCAUCAACCCGGGCAACCCGACGGGCGCCUCGCUUUCCGAGGAAGACAUCCGCGCCGUCAUCGAAUUCGCCCGCGAGAAGCGGCUUGUAAUCCUCGCCGACGAGGUCUACCAGACCAACGUCUUCGUCGGCGAGUUCAUCAGCUUCAAGCGCAUGCUGCGGCAGCUACAACGCGAGCAACCGGGCGCCUACGACUCGGUCGAGCUCGCCUCGCUGCACUCCGUAUCCAAGGGCAUGACGGGCGAGUGCGGCCACCGCGGCGGCUACUUCGAGCUCGUCGGCUUCGACCCGCUCGUCCAGGGCCGAGAUCUACAACUGAUGGUCAACCCCCCGCGGCCUGGCGAGCCCUCCCACGAGCUCUACGCCCGCGAGUACGACGGUAUCUUUGGCGGCCUGCGCGAGCGCGCCACCGCCCUGCACAAGGCCUUUGAGCAGAUGGAGGGCGUCGAGUGCGGCGCCCCGCAGGGCUCCAUGUACCUCUUCCCCACCAUCACCCUGUCGGCCAAGGCCGCCGAGGCCGCCGCCGCCGAGGGCCGCACCCCGGACGAGUUCUACUGCAUGCGCCUGCUCGAGGCCACGGGCGUGUGUGUCGUGCCGGGGUCCGGCUUCGGCCAGAAGGAGGGCACCCUGCACUUCCGGACCACUUUCCUCGCGCCGGGGACGGAGUGGGUGGGGAGCAUUGUCAAGUUCCAUGCUGAGUUUAUGGAGAAGUAUCGUUGA